AUGUCAGGAUUCGUGCGGAUACUGAAGGAUAAAAUGCCGGUGCUGGUCUUCAGUGGUCUCUGUGCAGGCACAUUCUAUGCCGUGUACUAUGCACAUCAUCAGCAGAUCACGGAAAAGAAGAUAAUGCGCCAGGGAGUGAUCAACGACAUGAAGCGUGACAGGAUCAAGCAGCAGGAGAUGCAGAAGCAACAGGAACAUCAGCAGUAG